AGAGGGGGAGAGAGAGAGAGAGAAGGAGAGAGCCGCGCCAGCGCAGAGAGGCACGGAGACGAAGCAGAGAGCGCAAAGGCUUCGACAUCUGGGGGGGAAAUUAAAACAACUUGCAUUUUUGAAAAAAAAAAACAGCCAAAAAACAACAAAGCCAAAAAACAAACAAAAUCGGGACAUAGCGGUGGGAAAAUUUGACCGAUCUUUCGCUUUUUUCCCCUGCACGGACAUAAAAUGAAAGGGUUACCUGGCUGCAUGUUGGAUUUUAAAUCUUAUAUUACACCGCUGCGGCGUUGACUUCAGAGUUGCGCAGGCAGAGUCUGUAUGAGUUGUCUGUUGGAGGAAUUUUAGACACUCCGGAUCAAACUUGAGUUGGACAUCCAGGAACCAGUCAGGGAGUAAGCUAAACCACCUACCCACUGCUCUCACUGCAUGCAGGACACUUAAACACCACUACAACCAUGGAUGAGGAACAAUGCUACUAUAAUGAGAGCAUCACCUUUUUCUACAACCGCAGCGACAAGCCUCUUGCUAACGACUGGGACACCUACAGCCGGUUGGUGAUGGGCCUUGGCAUCACUGUGUGCAUUUUCAUCAUGCUCGCCAACCUUCUGGUAAUGAUCGCCAUCUACGUCAACAGGAGAUUCCACUUCCCCAUUUACUACCUGAUGGCCAACCUGGCAGCUGCUGACUUCUUUGCUGGAUUGGCGUACUUCUACUUGAUGUUCAACACGGGACCAAACACAAAGCGUCUGACUGUUUCGACAUGGCUGCUGCGUCAGGGCUUGAUUGACACCAGCCUUACUGCAUCUGUAGCCAACCUGCUUGCCAUCGCCAUUGAACGCCACAUCACCGUGUUCCGCAUGCAGUUACACACACGCAUGAGCAACCGGCGCGUGGUGGUUGUGAUUGUCAUUAUCUGGACUAUGUCCAUAGUCAUGGGGGCGAUACCCAGCGUAGGUUGGAACUGUAUCUGUAGCAUUAAGUCUUGUUCCAACAUGGCACCUCUCUACAGCAACUCUUACUUGGUCUUCUGGGCAGUGUUUAAUCUUGUGACUUUUGUUGUCAUGGUGACACUAUAUGCCCACAUCUUUGUGUAUGUGAGGCAGAGAACCAUGAGGAUGUCACGGCACAGCUCUGGACCACGACGCAACCGAGAUACCAUGAUGUCUCUUCUGAAGACUGUGGUCAUUGUGUUGGGUGCGUUCAUCAUUUGCUGGACCCCUGGUUUGGUCAUCCUCCUCCUUGAUGUUUUCUGCGCUAGCUGCAAUGUCUUGACCUACGAAAAGUUCUUCCUGCUACUCGCCGAGUUCAACUCUGCCAUGAAUCCCAUCAUCUACUCCUACCGUGACAAGGAGAUGAGCGCAACCUUCAGGCAGAUCUUGUGCUGCCAGAGGCAGGAGAAUGUGAAUGGGACGGCAGCAGAGGGAUCCGACCGAUCUGCAUCUUCCAUCAAUCACACGGUGCUGACUGGCAGCACCAUGCACCACCAUCACCACCACAAUGAACAUUCGGUGGUAUAAAAAAAAAGAAAGAAAAAAGAAAAAGCCCAGUGUCUUGGAUAUGAAUCCAUCUUGAAGGGAUUAUUCUCUACAGGAGAUACAGACUGAGAGAAGGUAAAUGAGUGUAUGUGAAGAAGAAUAUGGCAACUAGAAUGAAAGCUGAAAAGACUCAAGCUGUCUGAAGACAGAGCUGAAGAGAACUCUGAUAGGCUGUUAUUAUUUUGUUUGUUAAUUUCCAUUUGUGUUAAAUGUGUUGUCACAGGUAAAGAUGAUAUGAACUAUUUAAAAUCUGUGAAGUAGAGUAUUGCCAGUAUAGUCCAUCCUCUUUAUCCAAUCUUCCUAACUUUAUGCCUGGUAGGUUUGUACUAUUACUCGUCUAGAGCCCCAUCAUUAUGAAAAGUAUCAAACUUAACACCCUACAUUUAUGUUAUUGUUGGUUGCUGACUCACCUGAUCCCAGAUUUACAACAUAGUGUUUUUGAUUUUCAUCUCCAUUUGUCGGGCAGAAGCUUUAACUUUAAAUGGAUGUGGUGUAGGCUCAAAGCAGGAUAUUGUUACCAAUGUUAUAUAUAUUUCAAAAGAUGUCAUCCAAAGUGAAAUCCUGCCUAUAUUCACUUGUUUUCCAUGUUUUGCAAUCUACCAAAACCCUGUGACACUGUUUCAUCCAUGAAUUCAACACAGUAUUUUAAUAACCUCAAACAUUAUCAUUUUCUGCUGUAGAGUUGUCAUCUAUUGUUUAGCAACAAGUAAGUUACAAAGUACAACCAGGUUUGUUUGUUUUUUUCAUUCUAUUCUACCUAUCCUCUUUUAUGAACACGCUCUUGUGAAUCCAUUAAAUCAGGUUUUUGCUUCCAUUCAGUUUAAAUAAAGUAAGGAUCCAAUGUUUGCUACAAAUCCUGGAUUGUUUACUCCCUCUAAGGAUUUAAAGGCAGGCUGUUCCAGGGAAAAGAGUAAGAGGAGGACAGUUAUGUGAAGGCAGGAUCAGAGUCAUGUUUGGUGCACUCUCAGAGACUUCAUAUUAUGACACCAAAUGUGCUGAGCAGACUGCCUCUCAGUGUUUUCCUUGGUCCCCUGAUGCUGACCUCGGGAGGGAAAAGGGGGAAUUGUGGAAGUGAAUGUGAAAGUAUCGCCCGAGUUAGUACCAAAUUGCUUUGUGGUACCUUGAGAAUGGGUUAUUUAACAGAACAACUUAAAAUUAAAAAAGAAAAUCAAACCUUUUGACUCAAAACCCUUCUCCCACUCUAUUUUUACCAGCUUUCAUGAACUAACGAUGAUACGUGAGCAUUUACCUACCUCACUUCUGGUGUAGCCAUGCUAGCCACUGUGUCAGGCAGGGCUCUAGGCACAACAAUGCUAUGACUAUGCUGUUGGGAUGGCUAAUGACUCACAACAUAACCUUGAUUAGCAGCAAACUGUGCAGUUUGUUGUGUCAAAUUCUUCAAAGGUGUACACUUUUAAGGCAGUUUGUAAAUUGUCAGUGGUAGACAGUGAAAGUUAGCCAAAAGCAGUGCUCCUCAGUUUAGUUUAGUUUUUGUGUUUUUCACCUCCAUUAGAAAAAACACAUUUUUUAAACAAAAAAAUAAAGAAUUUGAAUUAAUUGUUUAGAGAAUUCUUGAACUAAAACCCCACAGACACAGAAAUGCAUUAAGCCUUAGCAAAUGCUGCAGUUGUUUAACAAAAUCUCAAUGACCAGCAUAGAUGUUUACUUGCUGUAACACUGGUAUCAGUGAUAUGAAGUAAGCAGAUAUCCAACCAAAACAUGUUUUAUUUUGUGUCUCUGUCAGAGAGAUAGUUGACGCUUACAUUUAAAGUAUUAUUGGUAGCUUAUUUUGAUUUUUAUGACAGCAAUGACAAAUUAAAGUCUAUUCUUAUCUUCCCGCCUUAGGGUGCCUUUAUAACUGACUCACUUAUGAGUCAGUGCAGUUCGAAUGGUGUAAUAUUUCCACAAGUGCUCUCAUUAACUUGCAAUUUUGUGCCAGCUGAAAUCCAGCAUGGCAAUGCUAUGAUGCACAUUGUUAAAAAUUGCAAACUGAAUGUUUUAAAUCAAAACACAUUUUGGCCAAAAUACAUAGACAAACCUCCCAAAAACUGACAGCAAAGUGAGAAUCACUGCCAAAAGUACAGUCAAACGUUUUCCAGGAAACCAGAUGUUUUUCAGGAAUUUCAGCUGCAGAGCUAACAUUAAGUCACCAGGUAUCUUUGCCCAGAUGUUUGGCCUAUUAAUCAGGCAAUUUAUGUUGUGAUAUACAGACCAAAAAAAAUUUCACCAUAACUCUGCAACACUUGCAUACAUUUUUGAUGCAUGUGUGAGAUAAAGCACUGUGCCCUAGGGCACCUCAGUCAUCACUUUUAUUAGUCAUUUCCUUCCUGUGCCCGUGCUUUUUUUUAAUCCCUAGCAGUACUUCUACUUGAGACAAAAUGAGAGAAAUAUUCUAAGGAACCAAUCCCCCAUAGCAAACGUGUUGCAUUAAAUUUGUCCAGCUUGACACUUUAAUGUCAUAAAAAUCUUGACCAGAUUUAGUCAAUAUAUGGCUCUGGACCCAACACUCCAUAUUUGAAAUUCACUGUAACAUUUCUUUUAAGUAUUAAUUUAGGUUAUUAUAUCAAACCAACUAAACAUUCAGUGUCUUUGUUUACUAGUGUGUCAGUCUUUGUGUACCUUUGUAAGUACGUGUGUACAAUAUGUAUAUAUAAAAUAUAUUAUGCAAAGUUAAUCACCAAAGGGAAACAUGUUUUGUGUCUGUAAAUUUCACUGUGUUAUACUCUGUCCAGAUGUACUGUAGGGUUGUUUGUAUGUUUUUUUUUAAAAUGCCAUUUGUAUUGUGAUCCUAAAUAAUGACUUUCCCAUAAACACUAUUACAGCAACAUUAACUUGUUUGUGAUGCAAAAUUCAAUAUCUAUGAGUGCAGUGCUUUUCAGUUCCUGUCCAUAAAAAGUCAAUUAACAGCAGAAAAGCAGUGAUUCGCCCUCUUCUGGUUGAACGUUUUAAGCUUAGAACAUGUCCAAUCAUACCCAAAUGUGUUUAGCCGCAACCACACCCAUCAGUGCUGUCUGUAUGCACUUGUACAACACUGCAGUAGUGAGAAGAGUAAAAAAAAAAAGAGCGGUGUUAUGUUACUUUUCAAGCUUGCUAAUACACCAGUCCUGCAUAUGUUUCAGAAGGACAGAGUGUAGGAUUUAGUGGCAUCUAGAGGUCAAGUCAAAGCAUGCAGCUAACACAGCUUGUGGCUAACAACCUACCAAAUUAAAAGUUGUUAGCCAAUGUAGAAAUGCAAGUAUCAGUAUGGAUACAAUGCCUGCCCUCUUUUAUGCCAGUGUUUAGUUAUAUGUAUGGAGAGAGAGAGAGGGAGAGAGAGCUACAUAUGUCAACAACAGGCCUCCUGAAACUGCCCAGAAAAUGGUGUGAUGACUUUUAUCUCCUUAGAUUAUAACGUCAUGGCCAUUUUACCCUGAUUGCUUCUUAUUUUGUCUGAAUGAUGUGUGCUGUGUUUGCUGUGGCCUUCAACUGAUGCUGCUUGACACAAACACUGUGUGAUGCAGUUCAGAAACAUUCUGUAAUACCAAAAAAAAAACUGAUGUGUUUAAUAAAAAAACAAAACAAAUAACAAAGCUGUAGAUCUGAACAUUUUGUUUUUCCAAAGUGAAACAUAACAUUAAAAUGAUGUUGAAGGUUUCCAGGCAAAGAAAAAAACAAAACAUGCACCACAUGUUUUAUAUUUUUAAGUAAUGGUGAAAAAAAUCAAUGUGAUUUCCAUAUUAUCUCUACUUUAGAGUCCAAUAUUAAUAAAUGUCCAACCACAGUCAUGGUGUUGAUACAAUAAAAACAUCAGCCUGACUCCAGGUGAAAGUGUGUGAAAGUUAUCUAUAUGAAAUGAAGGACCUAUGUAAAAAACACACAAACAAAACAAAGACUCUGUCAUGGUUGUUCUGUUUGAUUUCAUGCCAAUAUUUGUGCUUUUGUCCAAACAGAAUGAGGAACACAGAAAGACACAGGCUUUUAUUGUUGUUGUUGUUGUUGUUGUUGUCAUUUUUUUCCCAGGCCAUUAAAUAGUUUGUGGAAAAUGAGCCUGCUAACAUAGUUUGGGCAGCCUUAACUGUUACCAGAAAUUUUUGUGCGACUAUGUAUUUAUUGUUGGAGGAGGAACACAUUUCCUCUCAAUGCUGUCUGUGUGCGACUGUUUUACAUAGUGAGAAAAUGCUGAAUGAAUAAGUUCCCGAACUUUACACAGUCUCCUGAGGCAGUGUUUCUGGACUUGGCUCAUAUUCGGCAGACAGUGUUGACAACAAUUCAUUAGACACAUGUGAUGCCAUACUUGAAGUCAUCUUAGAUGAUUUUGGAAUGUAAAAUGUGUAUUAGACAGGCACAUUUAUUUAUAGUAUAUGCGUAUACAUUAGGUUGUAUAAUCAUGAAAGAUAUAUUUGGGACGAGCUGAAUAGGGGAAGGGACUGAUAAGCAUAUGCUUCCUCCUUCUGCUUUUUGAACAAGACAUUUUUGGGGUAACAUUUUACUUUUGCUUUUCUUUAUUUCCUCAUUAAUAGGAUGGCUUUCAGCGAUUUCAUGUUUAUUUUUGUUAUAUGUAUUUACAAUCAUUACUCAUAUUUUCAAAAUAAAGAUUCGAUUGACUGAUUGAUAGAUUGAUUGAUAAAUGGAACAGGUUUUCUCAUUUUUAAUAAUGUUAUAACGAUGUAGAACUACCAUUAAACUCUUAUGACUACUUUAUGCUCUGUCUAGUCUAUACUGGCCUUUGGUGUCUGUAGGCUGAUUAAUUUGGAAUACAAAAGUUAGUGAUUAUCUGGUGAAUAUAUGGAAAACAAUUUAUUUAAUUUGUGACAAAAUAUUCGAUUGACACAAUGCCAAUUCCCAGUCUAAAACCAUCUCUUGUGUGUUUCCACCAAAAAACAAUUUGCCUCAGUGGCUAGAAGAUAUGAUAUAUGAGAAACUAACCAGAUGUAGCCCACAGAUUCUGUUCAGCAUGAUUUGCCACAACUUCUGAAAGAAAGACAUCACUAAAGAACUAGCAUUUUACCAGCACUGGUGCAGCAUUGGUGGAAAAGAGGUCAAAUUUGCAUCUUUAGUGUAGCACAAUUAAUGCACCAUGUGCACGUGGUUACAGGUGCAAAGCAGAGACAACUGGAGCUGAACCACUAAUAUGGUAUUUCUGUAUGUUUACUUACACUGUAAGAGUGGUCAGGGUCUGUGUCAUGUGUGACAUAAAGUAUGCAGCAGUCCUUGCAACAGCAAAGAGAUGUUUCCAUGGAAAACAACAUUGUCUCCCCCUUCUGUGUGUGUGUCUGUGUGUGAGAGUGCAUUUGCUCUGUUAUGUUUAUUGUUCCACAGCUUUGGAGUGGUAGCCUCCAGUUGACUGAUAUACGUCUGUUCACGUCCUGUUGCUGCCCGAAAAGGCCAAUCAGGGCCAGUGUGGCCACGCAGGAAGUUCUCUGUACAGUUGCUGAGUGAGGGGGGAUGUAACAUCUUAGUCACAAAGUCAAUAUAGACACUUUCCAUAGUUCCUCCCAUGGUUUGCUGAGUGAAAAAUUAGUCCCAUUAGUCAAAUGUCCUACUGCCUGUUUUUAUAAUGACUUUAAUGGAUAGAGUUGAGCAUCAUGUUGCCAGCUACAUUUAUGAAAGAUGGAAAAGUCAACAAGACAUUAAAAAUCUGCUAAACAGCUCACAUCCAGAACACUUAGAAAAUACCAGCUUCCUCUGUUACACUAACACAGAGUUUUGACAAAACAGGAAGUGAUUCUCAACUAUAAUAACAUAUGACUGCCAGACGUGAAGAUCUGUUUUUCAUGAGGCCACAAAAAUAAUUCUGUUUUACUAAUUUACUGUGAAUAAGUGUUACCUCCCAGUAAGGAUCAGCUGAUGGCUUUGCAGUACACUGAAAACAAAAACACUAACAAAACAAAGAAGAUGGAGACAGGACAAGGAAAUGACUGCAAUGGCUGCAGAUAAGAAACAAAACACCACAAUCAUGGAUUCACUCUUGGAGGAAAAUAGGAAGGAAAUUAGGAAGUACAUUCACAUGGCUCUUUUGUAUAGAUUUCAACUUCAGUGAACUUUGACCUGUGAAUACUUGUUCAAGAGUUCCAAACCAUCCUGAAAGUGUUGACCUUUGACAGAAUAGAUAAACCUGCAGGAUUAAGUGCCAGUGUUGUUUAACGAGUACAUAUCUUUUGCAGAGGCAUUUUUAUGGCUGAUAGAGUUGCCUGUGAAAUAAUUUUAAUCUGCAUCCUUGGACAGCACACCAAAGAAGAGCAACAAAAUGCUUUGCUUCUGUUUUUUUGAUGUGGUUAUACACACACACAAAUGACACAAAGGACUGUUUAGCAUUUUAUAAAACAAACAUUUCAAUUCACUAACAAAACUGUUUAAGGAUGACUAGGUGAUUAGGAUUAAAAAAUAAAAAUACAAAGAAUGAGUAAUGAUUAUGUAUUCGGAAGUAGCAUGUUCAUAAUGAAUGUGAUCACCUCAUAAUUUUCAUGAUAGCGCCACAUGCGGUCUAAAACCUACUAACAUACCAUUGUAUGAUUCUCUCUGUAUUGUAUUCAUUGGUGGAGAAGUGAUGGAGAUAGGAUUGAAAGACUCUGAGCCAAAGUGUAGAUCAAGAAAAAGACGGAUGAAAGUGCAAGGCCAGACUUCAUACAGUCUAAUCUAAACAGUUUACACAUAGGCAUCCCCCACAACGCACACAGAUGUCCUCCAUUUAACUUGUAUACACACACACUGUUGCACUGAGAUGCAAACGCAGACAUUUUGAAGAAGUUGUACAAUUGCAAAUAAACAGGGCUUAUUGCAGUCACAUAGAAAUUCAUGGUAAAAAUGCUUUGUGUAGCACCAUUUCUCUAAUGCAUCCUCUUGCACUGAGACAUAAGAUACUAAGGGCCUUGUAUAAAGAGAGACAUGCAAUGAAAUAAAAUAAGAUAUAGUUUGGGCUCAGAGAGAGAAAACUCUACCAGUGAUAAUGUCAGUAGGAGCUCCUGAACCAGAGCAACACACCUUUGAAAGUGAUUGUGGACAUUUUUGGGUUUUCUUCUUUAGAGAGGUGUUUUGGGUUAAGUAUGAUGGCAAGUGUAAAUAUCCCUUUCUAACUGCCUGAAUUCAGAUGCAUGCAGACCUUGUGAAAAAAGAUCCAUUGUACUCUAAAAAAAAGUCACAUUUAGUUCUGACGUACAAACUGUUCAAUAAUUCUGUUUAUUUGCAAGCAAUACAAAGAAAUAUACUUAAUGUGAAUUAUGUAUGACAAACAAAAGGGAAAAAGCCCAAAACAUUAUUGAUAUAAUGCAACAAAUACAGCAAAAAUGUAACAACAUGGCAAAUUUUAAAAGACAGUUAAGUCAGCCAUUCUUAGACAAAAUCAACAUGUUUUUUUUUUUAGAUAUGAAUAUCUUAGCUUUUUUUAUUCUAUUAAUGUAACCAAAAUGGAAUUUUUAUCAAAGAAAAAAGGUUAAAGAGUACAAGCACUAAGUAUGAUCUCUAACCUAGCUGACCUAAUAAGCUUCCAUUCUAGAUUUAUAUUUUCAAAAUGAGGAUGCAAAGACAUGUGGGCAGUUUGUCACUUACAAGAGUCUAUUUAAGUCAGUAGAACGAGUCCCAUUAAUAAUUCUAUUCAUAAUAUGUGAGUUUUAGUGCUUCAGUGAGGAACUGUAUGAGAAAUGUAAAUGAAAGUGAGGAGAAUUAAUGAACUUAUGCCUACUGUAAUUUGUUCAUAUGUUCAAGAAAUAUCAACAACAAGCUAAAACACAUCUAUAAAACAAAACUAAAACCAAAGAAACACAAAUAAAAACAGAAUGCCCCGUAGUGGAAUACCAACUUGUCUACAAAACAAUCAUCAGUGAUUUAAAGUGACUGUGUGCCACUGUGGAAUAAGCAAGCUGACUUGAAGAGAAAUGUUGUGUACAAUCUUAUAAUAAAUAUUUCAUCAAUCCCUUUCUACGACACUGUUAAAGAAAAAACCUUUCAAGUGUAGAUUCUCUCUUUCUGUCCAGCGAACUUUAGGGUCACAUUGAGCCUAUUCAGAGCAUUUGCUAAAUUUUCAUCAACGUUUACAAAAAAAAACUCUCAAUGAGAAAAAGAAAAAAACAGAUGAAUGAGGUACAAGAGCAACUACUGCUAAAAAUGACCAUGGUAUAUCUGUAUGGCUAGUUUCCAAGUAUUUCAGAGACUUAGGGUCUGGGGUGAGUUAACUGAUUCAGGUUUAACAUUUUUCAAAAUUAAAGUGAACCUGUCAGAUGGACAGCUCCCGGUAAACAGUCAGAAACUGAAAUCCUGAAUUCUGAAGUAGCAACAUACAAAUGACUACAAUGUGGCCAUGUUCAGUCUCCUGAACAGACAAGCUGCAAAAAGAAAAUGACUGCAAUUACUUAA